UCACAAAAUAAAAAUAAAUGAUUAUAAAAUGAUUAUAUUUAGAGUCUAAAUCUUGGACGCUGCCGAUGUCACGUCUCGUGCUGCUGUCGACGACUGGAAAGCGCUUUGAACUAUGAAAAUCCGCAAAAAUGGCAAAACGCGCCUCCCCAAACGCGGAGGUGUCCAACGGCCAACGGAGAAUCGGCCAACAAGCAGCAACAGCUCUGGGGAGAUCGAUCGGACGAGCGAGCCGCUAGGCCAGCAGCAGCAGCACCACCACCAACAACAACAACAACAACAAAACCAGUGUCAAAAAGAGCAUCAAAUGGAAAACUAGUUGGUACUAGUACUAGUUCUAGAGUUCCGCACUUGACCGUGCUGGGCACUGAUUCCAUGAUGGAUGUGGAGGUGGAGGAGCUCCCUCCUGUCGAGCGACUGGAGUUCUACAACCAGCACUGGCAGGGCCCUGCAAUGGAACCAGGGAUGUCCUCUUGGGCCGUGGCAAGGGUCAAAACCAAGG